AUGUUCACAUCGCUCGGGCUCUUUGGGGCAAUUCCAUGCCCGCAAGGCAACGGUUGCACUCUUUUGAAAUGCAUAUUCUCUCAUGAUAAUAAGCCGGCCCCAGCUGAGGUGCGGCGUUCGAGGAUUACAUUGUCAGGUGACGAUGGUCCUCCUUCCAAGCGGGCCAAAGUGGAAAACGCACAGUCGUUGGGAUCCCCUAUUCUAUCUCACAGCUUGAAAGAAUCAUCGCUCGAAAUGGGACGAGACUCACCGGAAUCAGUCCUGCCCAAGCGAAGUCAAAAUAUACAAAAAACCUCUAGCGCUCAAGAAAGCUCCCAACCUACCUCAAGCCGUGGCUCACCAGAGCCUUCGGGGAGCGAGCCUGCGAAGCGCACUAACAAUGCACCGGCUGGAUCUUCAUCCCAACUUCCUCCUCGCAAAGCCCCAAAGGAAACUUUGAAUCCUCGCAUGAUUCCUCAUGCACCAGCAACUCAUGGCAGUCGGACUACCAUUCUCCAGAAGCUGCACUCCGCCAUGACUUCUCUCAAUGAAAAGCUACGAAAGGACAAGAAUACCUCCAAUAGAUGUUUUGUCCUAACUCCCGACGAACUCAUCACAAUGGCGCUGGACGAGGAAGAGAAAUUCGCGAGGGACAAUCCAAGCAUUUACGGCAAUAUUGUCAGACUUCGAAUCGUGAGAGUUACAAAAAUGGGCACUGACGAAUGGGCCAAGGAGGUGAUGUCCCAUCUGAAUGCGCGAUAUUAUAACAUUAAUCCUGUCCAAAAGCCGCGGGCGAUUCCCAAGCCUAUCAACACAGGGCUUACCUCCGCAGAAGAAAUCGCAGUUAUAUCCCAGCUAGUCACACCUGUGACUGGCCUCGAAGAACACGGAUAUGUCACAAAGCAGCCCACAGAUGCAGACGUACAAACCGCCAAGAGGGGCGUUGAUGAGUCCAAAGGCUGGGAGAAGUGUGACAGAUGCGGUCAACGAUUCCAGGUAUUUCCAGGUCGUCGCGAGGAUGGUGCCCUCGCCAGCGGUGGCCACUGUGACUAUCAUCCAGGACGGCCCGUUUACCCUCAGCGCAAGAAAACAGACCAUGUCACCGGUCCCUCCCAGCCAUACUUUCCUUGCUGCAGCGAAGCACUAGGGACGUCUACCGGCUGCACGAAAGCCAAGACACAUGUGUUCAAGGUCUCGGAGACCAAGCGACUUGCGUCCAUCCUCCAAUUCAAGACAACCCCAUCCCAGCCAGGCAAAGGACCUCUGGAGCCGGUCUCUAUUGACUGCGAGAUGGGCUACACGACAUUAGGUCUCGAACUAAUUCGUCUCACUGCGGUCAGCUGGCCUAAAGGCUGUGACCUCCUCGAUGUGCUGGUCCGGCCUAUGGGCGAGGUAUUAGAUCUCAACACACGCUUUUCCGGUGUCACGCCACAACACUAUGCUUCUGCCAACCCAUAUGGCACUCCAGUGACCAGCAUAAAUACACCGUCAGCAGACGAGAAAAAGACAACCAAUACACCCUUGCAACUUGUUCAGUCACCCGCGGAGGCGCGUGACUUACUGUUGAAGCUCCUCCAGCCUGAGACACCUCUUAUCGGCCAUGCAAUCGACAACGACCUCAACGCUUGCCGUAUAAUUCACCCUACGAUCAUUGACACCGUUCUGUUGUACCCCCACCCCAAAGGUCUCCCCAUUCGCAUAAGUCUCAAAGCUCUUGUUCAAAGGCACCUUGGCCGCGAUAUCCAAGUCGGGGACAACGGGCACGACUCAAAGGAGGAUUCAAUUGCUACGGGUGAUCUUGUUAGAGUGAAAGUGGGCGAGAAAUGGAAGGAGCUGAAGAAGAAGGGACAGAAAAUCGAGGAUGGCAGGUUGGUCCCUCCUGCUGGCCAAGUAUCAACAAUCACAUCUUCAUGGACUACGGUCCAGAAGACAAAGUCUAAGAGGUGA